AUGCCGGUGAUGAAGGGCCUGCUGGCCCCGCAGAACACCUUCCUGGACACCAUCGCCACCCGCUUCGACGGCACACACAGCAACUUCCUGCUGGCCAACGCGCAGCUCCGCCGCGGCUUCCCCAUCGUCUACUGCUCCGACGGCUUCUGCGAGCUCACGGGCUUCGCGCGCACCGAGGUCAUGCAGAAGAACUGCAGCUGCCGCUUCCUCUGCGGCGCCGAGACCAGCGAGCCCACCCUGCAGCGCAUCGAGAAGGUGCUGGAGGGCAAGCAGGAGUGCCAGGCCGAGGUCUGCUUCUACAAGAAGGGGGGAGCGGCCUUCUGGUGCCUGCUGGACAUCGUGCCCAUCAAGAACGAGAAGGGGGAGGUCGUGCUCUUCCUCUUCUCCUUCAAGGACAUCACGGAGAGCCGGGCCAAGAGCCACCCGGGCGACAGGAAGGAGGAGAGGCAGCGCGGGCGGCGGGCCGGGAGCGCGUCCCUGCGCGCAGCCCGCCGGCAGGGCCGCUCCGUCCUGCACCGCCUCGGCAGCCGCUUCGCGCGCAAGGACCGCAGCGACAUGAAGCUCAACCGGAACGUCUUUGAGAACAAGCCAUCCAUCCCUGAGUACAAAGUGGCCUCGGUGCAGAAGUCCCACUUCAUCCUACUCCACUACAGCGUCUUCAAGGCGCUCUGGGACUGGCUGAUCCUGCUGGCCACCUUCUACGUGGCCGUCACCGUGCCCUACAACGUCUGCUUCACGGGCACGGAGGAGAGUGCCUCGGCCGCCCGCAGCACCAUCGUCAGCGACAUCGCCGUCGAGAUGCUCUUCAUCGUGGAUAUCGUGCUGAACUUCCGCACCACCUACGUGAGCCAGUCGGGCCAGGUAGUGUACGAGCCCCGCUGCAUCUGCCUGCACUACGUGGCCACGUGGUUCUUCGUGGACCUCAUCGCCGCGCUGCCCUUCGACCUGCUCUAUGUCUUCAACGUCACGGUGACCUCGCUGGUCCACCUGCUGAAGACGGUGCGGCUGCUGCGGCUGCUGCGGCUGCUGCAGAAGCUGGACCGCUACUCGCAGUACAGCGCCAUGGUGCUCACACUGCUCAUGUCCAUGUUCGCGCUGCUCGCGCACUGGAUGGCCUGCGUCUGGUACGUCAUCGGCCGCGCCGAGGUGCAGAGCGGCGACCGGCGCACCUGGGAGAUCGGCUGGCUGCACGAGCUGGGCAAGAGGCUGGAGGCUCCCUACAUCAACGGCUCGGCGGGGGGCCCCUCCAUCCGCAGCGCCUACAUCGCCUCCCUCUACUUCACCCUCAGCAGCCUCACCAGCGUGGGCUUCGGCAACGUGUGCGCCAACACGGACGCCGAGAAGAUCUUCUCCAUCUGCACCAUGCUCAUCGGGGCGCUCAUGCACGCCGUGGUCUUUGGCAACGUCACGGCCAUCAUCCAGCGCAUGUACUCGCGCCGCUCGCUCUACCACACGCGCAUGAAGGACCUCAAGGAUUUCAUCCGCGUCCACCGCCUCCCACAGCAGCUCAAGCAGCGGAUGCUCGAGUACUUCCAGACCACCUGGUCCGUGAACAACGGCAUUGACGCCAACGAGCUGCUGCACGACUUCCCCGACGAGCUGCGUGCGGACGUGGCCAUGCACCUCAACAAGGACAUCCUGCAGCUGCCCGUCUUCGAGACGGCGAGCCGGGGCUGCCUGCGCUCGCUCUCGCUGCACAUCAAGACGUCGUUCUGCGCGCCAGGCGAGUACCUGCUGCGCCAGGGCGACGCGCUGCAGGCCGACUACUUUGUGUGCUCCGGCUCGCUGGAGGUGCUGCGGGACAACGUGGUGCUGGCCAUCCUGGGCAAAGGGGACCUGAUCGGGGCCGACCUGGCGAGCCAGGAGCCGGUGAUCAAGACGAGCGCGGACGUGAAGGCACUGACCUACUGCGACCUGCAGUACAUCGGGCUGCGGGGGCUCUGCGAGGUGCUGCAGCUCUACCCUGAGUACGCCAGCAAGUUCACGGCCGACAUCCACCAGGACCUCACCUUCAACCUGCGGGAGGGCAGUGAGAUGGAGGGGCUCCUCCGCUUCACGAGGUCCCCACGGUUGGUGCCAGCAGCUCAGCCGCGUCCCGACAGCGGCGCCGCCCCGGAGAAGCCCCUUCCCUCCAUCCUGGAGGACGGCGAGGAGCCCGAUGAAGUUUUCCAGCUGUCGCCCCCCGCAAGCGCCCCCCGCAAGCGCCUGCUGCCCAGCCUGAGCAGCCCGGGCCGCCGCGGCUCCCUCAGCAGCCUGCUGGGCGACGAGCUGUGCCAGUUCUCAGCCCUGCGCCGCAACUGCCGCUCGCCCGCGCACUGCCCGCGGGGCCGCAGCCCCUCGCCGCGGGGCCCGCGGGAUGCACCGCCCGGGGCCGGGGAGGCUGGGGGCGGCAGGAGGCCCCCCAGGCUGCUCAUCCCCGCGCUGCACAGCGACGGCCCCCCGGACCUCAGCCCCAGGAUCGUGGACGGCACCGAGGACAGCGGGGGCGCGGCGGAGCCGCCGAGCUCGCGCUGCAGUGAGGCCCCCCCGGUGCCGUCCGGGGGCUGCCCCGCGCCCGGCAGCGCCGGGGGCUCCGCCCCGGGCCCGGUCGCCGAGGAGCUGGAGCGGAGCCUCGGGCGGCUCGGCCAGGAGAUCAGCCGCCUCAACCGGGAGGUCUCGCAGCUCGGCCGGGACCUGCGUCGCCUCCUGGAGCUGCUGCGGAGCCGCGCGAUCCACAUUCUGCAGGUCCCCUAA